AUGACUUCUCGUCCUGGCCCGACUGCAGCUCAGCGCGCCACCGCUGGAAACCUGCCACGCCCGCCCAUCCAAGGCCGCCCCGCCGUGCAGCAGCACUUCCAGGCCAAUGCUCGCCCGCCCGCCGAUGUGAUUGAUCUUACUGCCGACGAGGCCAAGCAGCCGUCUGCCGAUGCGCCGCCCAAGAAGGCCAACCAGCAAGACGACCCCCGCUGGGUCGCCCCCGAUACCCAGUUCGCCGCCCAAGACGGUUUCUCGAGGCCGCCUCCCCGCGGUCGCCCCCAGAUUUCCUUCGAGGAUGUCGCCGACGCUGCGACCUCGGGGCUCGGAAGAGCCGCCUCCGCCGCCCUGCGCUCCACCGCCAUCGCGAGCUCCGGAAGCCUGCCCUUCCCUCCACGGCCGGGACUUCGUGUGCACAAGCGACAGCCGCAGGGAGCGAGAGCCGCCUCGUCGGCCGCGGGUGGCGUAAAGAAGGACGUUGCGCAACGCAACGGCGUCGUGGAGCCCCCUCCCGACGCCGUGCGGGUAUCGCGCGGCAAGACUGUGGAUUUCUAUCCCUGGGCUGGAAACCAUCCCGAGGACAAUUUAUCGGCCGAAGUUGUCAAGGUUGGGUACUAUGACGAUCGCAAGGGUCAGGUUGACCUGAAUGCGGGGAAAUCGUACGUUGGCCCCCAGGUCAAGAACAAAACUACGUUGCAGGCCCUGUCGUCUCUUUUUGUCCAGGCGCUUGAGAAAAGACAAGCGUCGGGGCGAGUGAGAGAGCCUUCGUCUUUCAAACCGCCCCCUAGGAUUACAGUCAAAGACACCCAACGCGAAGAAUGGCUCCGAGAUCUGGCCAAUCCCUCACUACCACCGAAACGCAGGAUUCCGCAUGGCAUCCGGGGGAAGCUGCUACUGGAACAGUGUCUCAGCAAAAACAUACCCAUUUCGCGAGCCAUUUGGCUCGCGAAAUGUGUCGGAGCGAACGAAAUGCGCGCUUGGAUGCGCAAGGGUGCAAGUAGUACGGGUGGCAUGGGUGGUGAGCUGAAAUGGGUGCGCGAGUGGACCGUCUUUGUGGAGCAGUUCGUCGACAGCACCAUUAGCACUUGCGGCCAAGAUGGUUGGCGUGACAAGAUGGACUACACUAUCCGGCUGGCCUCGCAGCUAUACACUGAGCGACUCCUGGAUCAGGACCAUUAUCUCGACUGGCUUCUCACUUCCUUGGAAUCAACGGAGAUCGAGCGCCUUCCCGUAUGGUUUCUCAUGGUUCAAAUCUAUUGGCAAGAUCUGGUCACCGUUCGGCGGCGAGGGCGACGCCUAGCAGAGGCGUUGCUGUUGCAACUUGGCAGCAUUACCAAAGGCGACGACCCGGACGUUGAUGACCCUCUUGUUCAACGGUCACAACAGUUGAUCACCGCUCUAAUCCAGGGCCAUCGGAAUUGCAUGGUCAUACCAAGGACGUGGAAGAAACACAAGCGCAUCCUCGAGAGUAUGCUUACCAGCAGCACUCAACCUGCACUUCAAAGCGCUCUCCGUUCCAUCAUCAGGAGGAACGAACGACUCAGUGGAUGGAGCUACAAACCGACCCAAACCCACCAAUCCCCGCAGAAAGCCAUUCUCUCGGCCCUUGACUCAGUAGCCCUGGACUUCGAUCUCAAGGAUCUUGCCACUAGGUGCUUGGCAAUCAUGCCUGACACUCAAGGCCUCGCUGUCACUGUGCUUCAGUGGGCAUGCUCUCUUUACCGCGAGGGGGGCCAUAGGCUGUACAUUGCCGCACGCUUGCUUCGAAAAUGGAAAUUCAUGGGAGCUGAUAUCGACAGCGCUGUUCUGGCCGUCCUCAGCGAUGAACAGAAGCUGAAAGGUAUCAAGCAUCGGGACUUUUUCAGACUCGUUGCCGAGCUUGUGCGUUCAAAGCAUUUCUCUGUCGGCAGAUAUCUUCAAUGGCUGAUUGCAAGUGGAAGUUUAUCUGCUGGUGGAGACGUCACCAAAAGCGAAGCCUGCAAUGUGCGUCUCAUCGCGGAAAUUCCUCUCCAAGGCCUUCCAGAGCAUGUGCUCAACCUUCGGCAAACAUUACUACAAACGACUCUGCAGAACGGUGCAUAUGAAGCUGUGAUGCUUAUGGACGACCACAGUGGGAUCAUCAAGCAACUGUGGUCAAUAUUUGCCCCUGAGACUGGUGCUGAGAUAAUCUUCGAUAUCCCCUUCGUAGACCUGAGCACGAGCGUCAGGCUUGAGAUCAGCCGGUGGCUGCGCCAAGAAUUACUUGCACGACUGGAGUCAAGCUCCGGUGACGACGAAGACGAGAUGCGAGACGACUACGUGCUCACUGCGACCCGCUUCUACGCUAUCAGGGGCGUCAUGGAGCAGCUCGAAGAUUUUGCCAUCCUCGCUGAUAUUUUGAACAUCUCACUGCAAUCGGGCGACACGAUGAUUCUCGCCGCCAUCGCCGAUACUCUCAACCACCACCAUCGGACCUUUGCAGCCAUCGGAGCCCUCCGCCCGUUGUUCAAUGGCCUUGUCGAGCAGUACGGAAAGUUUAGGCUGGAAAAACCGUCAGAGCGCGCAUUUCUUCUCGCGCUUGCCGAUCUCUGCUGCAGACUCCAAGCAGAGCCGAAUCUCGUCCUCCAACUCACAUCCGAUAUCACCCGAUUGGAACAAAGAUCUGCAGUGGCGGCGUGCUCGCCCGCCUCCGACAACAUGUCUGACUUUCACAGUGGCAAGAUGGAUUUUGACGAGGAGAUCGACCGCAUUCUCGCUAGCGGGACCACCAUGGAUGAAAACAUGGUCGCACGAGUUUUCGCUAGGGUCGUCUCGCGCAUCGGAGAGCAGACCGGAAAGGAAGAUGGUCGAAACAGCAGAUAUGGACAGUGGCUCCAGCGGUUGAAAGCAUUUGAUGACAAGACGUUCGACCGCCACAUGUCAGACACCAUCUCCAGCCUCAUACUCAGUGAUGGGCAAUCGCUACUUCACAUCCUUCCGUGCGCAGUCGGGUCGGGAUCGCUCUCCCUCGAAAACUUCAUUUCUUUCUCGGAGAGCACAAUCGGCGUCUUGAAGAAGAGGAACCUCUCAGCUGCAGCUAAUGCCUCUUUGCAUGUGCUGGAUGCUAUUUUGCCAAUGGAGGGCCUUCAAGGAUUUGGGCUUGUGCAAGAGAUCUAUCGGUACAGGAUUGAACAAGAGAAGCUUUGUCAGAACUCGCAGGGGACUGCAUUGCAAUUGUUGCGGCAAGCUAUUGAGCUCUGCUCAGAUUCGAGGGACUCGAAUCAGCUGGUCCAGCUUGAGGCAUUACUACGGAAUCAGCGCUUGCUUAAGGUCCUCCGUUACCAUGCAUCUCGAAACGCGCAAGACUUUUGCGUGUCCUUGGGCAUCAGUCCCCCAUCAGGAAAGUCAGACGCCGCAAUGUCUCUGGACGAAAAGCGCUCAACGCUGUUCAAGAAAAUGUUCGACGCCUUGAUGGAUCCAAGCAGCAGCUUAGGCCUGUCGAACCUGGACGCCGAAGAGCAGGCGAGCACCCUUGUCAAUGCCGCGGAUGAUCUUUCUGUACCGUUUUGCCAACUGGAACUCCAACUGCUCUUCAAGAUCCAGGUCUUGUCUGAUGAGGAAGGUGAGAUCGGUGUCGCAGAUGCUAUCAUUCAGGCUGUCAAAGAAGCUGUGGAAGCGGACAAGUCCAUCUGGUCGGAUCUUCUUACCGGAUUGGAUGCCGAAAUGACGCGAAAGAUUCGCGAGUACGCCGAAACGCACGUCCUUUCCGCCGUCACCACUCUCGCCAAGGCACGCUCAAGUGUCGAGGAUUCAUCCGUUUCAUCUUCCAAGGAAGGCUACGAGAGGAUGCUGCAGAGAUAUCUUUCCGUGCUUAACUUAACCGCUUGGAGUAUAGAGGACAAAGCUCAAGGCCAGAUCUGCACCGCGAUACUGGAUAGGCUUCGGACUUUGCAUGAGCUGCUUUCACAAGCUGCUCAGUUAGGCCCUGCCGGUGAUUCGAAGGAUGACACGUUCAAGCUGCGACAAGGCUCUGCUGCAGUCAGUGCUCUUUGUCCCUGGAUUUGCGCGCUUCUUCACUUGAUUGUGGUCCAUCAGUCGGUUCAUCAACCUGGCAAGGUAAACAACAGCCACCAAGUCCGUCUACUGUGGACCUUGCGCGCCUUUCUCCUCCACCCAGAGCUACAACCUUAUCCCAAGACCACGGAGUACGUCCUCGAUGUUGCUGCCUCCAUUUCCGACGACCUUCCCGAAGACGCCCGCACACAACUUCUCAGGCAUGAGGCCAACAAACCAGUGCAUGACCCCCGCAUAAUCUUCAUUCUCGGUUCCCCUUCAACCAUGCAGGAUUCUUGGCUUGGCCUCAUUACUCCUAUGCAACCCCAGGCUUCUGGCUCGGCCAAUACCCCUAAUCAAUCGACCGUCAGUAAUCCUACCAAUACUGCGGCUACAUCCCGCAGCACGGCGGCGCAGCAUCAGCACCAAGGCUUCUGGCAGGCUCAGGUGCAGCGCACGCAAGCCCAACAACAACGCUUCGGAGUCGCAGGUGCCAGCGUUGUCCCCAAUGCAGGUGGGAUGAGCGGGAGUGGCCCGACCCCACCUGUUGAAUACGGUAAACCAGUGCCGUUCCAACUUCGACGCUGGGAGAUCCUCCCAGACUCGACCAGCGGCUCCGGUCCGAACGAUACUGCCUUGAGCCUCACAUUGUUUGAUGCCAAGAAGGUCUGA